CAGUUCUGCGCAUGUGCAGAGUAGCAUGUGAGUUCAAGGAGGCAAAAGCAUAGACUGCUAGAAGCGGCUGCUAGAAGAAUUAUGUCAAAUAUGUAAAGAUUGAUCAUUUGUGCUAUGGGUAACUCGAUUUGUCGUCUUUAAGCGUAAGGCUGUUGAUCAGAGAUAUAAGGAUGAAGGUGGCAGUAGAAGGCUGUUGUCACGGAGAGCUGGAUAAGAUCUAUGAGAGCAUCAGUUACCUGGAGAAUAAAGAAGGUGUGAAGGUGGAUCUGCUGCUGUGCUGCGGAGACUUCCAGGCGGUCAGAAAUGAAGGAGACAUGAAGUGCAUGGCGGUGCCUGCCAAGUACAGACACAUGCAAACCUUCUACAAGUACUACUCUGGUGAGAAAAAGGCUCCUGUCCUGACGAUUUUCAUUGGCGGAAACCAUGAGGCGUCAAACCAUCUGCAGGAGCUUCCGUAUGGAGGCUGGGUGGCUCCCAACAUCUAUUACCUGGGUUAUGCUGGGAUUGUUCGCUUUAAAGGUGUACGGAUUGGAGGUCUUUCGGGAAUAUUUAAAUCCCACGAUUACAAGAAAGGACACUUUGAGUUCCCACCAUACAGCCCAGAAUCUUUGCGCAGCGUGUACCACAUAAGAAACAUUGAUGUCUUCAAACUUAAACAGAUCAAGAUGCCCAUAGACAUCUUCAUGACCCAUGAUUGGCCACGAGGCAUUUAUUACUAUGGCAACACAAACCAGCUUCUGCGCCAGAAGAAGUUCCUCAGACAGGAAGUAGAGAGCGGCACCUUGGGCAGCCCUGCUGCUGCAGAGCUUCUGGACCACCUGCAGCCCACAUACUGGUUUUCAGCUCACCUGCACGUGAAGUUCGCUGCACUGAUGCAGCACGAGGCUGAGAAAAAUGCUGCCCCAAAGAUCACCAAGUUUCUUUCACUUGACAAGUGUCUUCCACAUAGAGACUUUCUUCAGAUUGUGGAGGUAGCAGACCGACCGGGCUCCUCUGAGCACCUUGAGUAUGAUCCAGAAUGGCUGGCCAUCUUGAAAGCGACAGACAGCCUUCAGAAACCAUCCUGCAAUUUCUGGAACCCACCACAAGACAAUGGACUACACACCAGGUGGGAUUUCAGUGCAUCAGAAGAAGCUAUGAUGGAGGUCAUGAGUGAUUUGAGCGGUGACCUUUGCAUCCCUGAAAAUUUCAGCCUGACGGUGCCCGCUUAUGACCCCAGCUGCCCACAGCCCAAUGCCCACCCGGUCUACUCCACCAACCCCCAAACCACAGAGCUGUGUGCCACCCUCGGUCUGACAGACAUCUACAUCCUGGCUGGGCAGGCUUACGGAGAGGAGGGCGCCACAGGUGCAAAUGAAGAAGAGGAGGACGGGGACAGCACAGGGAGUGUAGACGAACCCAGUGAGUACCCCACUGACACCUCUGGCCUCUCCAGCUCCUAUAAUCCUGAUGAAAUCACCAUUGAGGACGAAUGGGAGGAGGAAGAGGAUGAGGGAGUAGAAUGUACCGAGGGGAAAGGGACAGAUGCAGUGGUUCCAGAAGGGCAAGUAGGGAGCCAGGACAGCGAGCGAGACAGCAGUCCCCAGCGAGAGAUGGCCAAUAGACUGAUCUUACCUCCCCCAUGUUCCGCACCAGAAUCAGAGGCUCCACUACGCUCCUUGCGGCCGCUUUCUCUUCCCCCUCCUUCAGCAUCCCUCUCUCAGGGCAGCUCAGAAGAGGAGGGGGGCCUUACACCAGCCAGGAUCCCCAAACGCACCAGCGGGGAGACGACUCAGGGGUCAGCAAGUCAUACAGGUGGCACACCUCAAAUCAAACGGAGAAACCAGAGUAUCUACACAGCAGUAGAAGAUGAAGAGAAUGAGGGCUAGAUAAAUGCAAUUAUAUUUUUUGAUCAGCAAAGUAAUACCAAGUAUGAUCUGCUGGAUAGUUUGAGUCUGAGGAGUUGAAAGAGUACCUAUACUGAUUUAAUCUGCUUGGUAAUUAUUGUUUUUAAAGAGCAGGGUUUUUUAUAAUUGUGAGGAAUUAAAGGAAAACUGUUUUAAAACAUGUCGAUUUUUGGGGGGCAUGUAACACCACAACCAUGAAUUUUUAUCUUGCAUUUGUCAUUUAUUUUCCUUUGUGAUGGGUUUUAAUGAUCUGUUUCUUUCUAUCUUUCAGCCAAAUAUAUCACAUCACACUCAUUAGUUUACUCUGUCUGGACUGUUAUUUUACUAGCUUUGUGUCGAUUGACUUGGCUUUACCAUUCUAUUGUAAAUACAUCAAGUCUAUACAAUA